GCCUGCGGAAAUAGAGCUAAAGACGUGGGGCACUGUGCCUUUGCAAAAACCAAAGGAGGUUGAGAUUCAGGCUCUUCCAUUAUCACCAUCUUUCACAAUACCUCAUACCCCCUUCUUUCUACUCUUCCUCGCCCUACUCUCGCCUGAAUUCUAUUCUAUCCAAUCAUGAACGACGACGAUGCAUGUGGACUUAUGGAGGCUCAGUACAUACGCAGGCAUCACCGUCAUCAUCCCAACCACAAUCAGUGUACCUCUGCUGUUUUCAAGAACGUUAGAGCUCCCGUUCCUCUUGUUUGGUCACUGGUGAGGAGAUUUGAUCAGCCCCAGAAGUAUAAGCCUUUUGUUAGUCGUUGUGUGGUGAAAGGAGACCUGGGCAUUGGAAGUGUGAGGGAAGUGAAUGUGAAAUCUGGUCUUCCUGCUACCACUAGUACUGAGAGGUUGGAGCUUCUUGAUGAUGAAGAACAUAUUCUCGGAAUCAGGAUCGUCGGUGGAGAUCACCGGCUCAAAAACUACUCUUCCAUCAUGACUGUCCAUCCAAAGGUUAUUGAUGGAAGACCUGGGACGCUUGUGAUUGAGUCUUUCGUGGUUGAUGUGCCUAAUGGGAACACAAAAGACGAGACGUGUUAUUUUGUUAAGGCGUUAAUCAGAUGCAAUCUUAAAUCUUUGGCGGACGUAUCGGAGAGAAUGGCUGUGCAGGGACAAACUGAACCGCUCGAGAAAUAGUUGGUUGGGAGAAAAGCAACUGAACAUUGAUGAUGUGAAUAGUUUCAUGGUAGACCCAGAGGCCAUUUUAUUUAGCUCCCACUUGUGCUAUGCCAUGUAAAGAUUGUUCAGAGCUAUCCUAUCACAUUCUCUGAAGUUUUGGGUGUAAGUCUGGCGGUUGAUUUUCCAUCACAUGGAGAUGCAUUUGGUUGGUUUUUUUACAUGCUUUUUUUUUUUUUUUUUUUUUUUUUUGAUCUUUCGUGUUACUCAGUUUCUUUCCUUUUUGAAAGGGCAACGAGGAUGAGUCUCCUCCUCUCCUUUACGCUAGCUAGCUAUCCAUGGAUGAAAUUUGGAAGAUUCUCAUUUUAUGUUAAAUUAACUUCAGUUUGUGCAGCAUGGUAGCAGGAAUUUAGGGCCUAUGCAUUGUAGCUAAAGGCAGUACUGCUAUAUAUGUUUUGUACAUACUUAGUCCUGAAAUAAGUUAGUAUAUGUAUCUGGCUUCAUACAUGUCAGUCUUGACUCUCUUGACUAAAAUUUUCCUGAGAAUUUCUUCUCUUACUUUUGUUUUGUUAUGUUAUGAACUUAUGACUGGAUCAUUUUGAAGCCAGCUGAUUCUUCUUUUCUUC